UUCAGUUAUUGGUAUACACAGCUGAGCGUAAAGUAGAACGCAGAAUAUUACAAUCAAUGUACUCAAGUGUGGUGUAUGUACAUACAAAUGUGUGUUGUGUGACACAGUGUAUUCAAUAAGUUAUUAUGUAUAUGUAUUUAUAAUAUUUGAAAAUAUGAAAGAGUUAUAAAAAUUUUACGCACCUACCUACGUAAGACUCAAAAUGAAAAAUAUUCCUGAUAUCGCGUAUAACUUUUAAUUUAUCGCAUAAAUUUUCUAUCGUGAUUGUACGUAUCAUCUAUGAAGUGAAUAUAUUAUCAAUAGCUAUAUACAAAUCGCACUUUGCCAAAUCGAAUAUUAAUCGUAUUAUCGUAUCGCGUUACAAAAUGGACAAGGAGACUAAAGAAAAUCGAAGAGACAGUGAUUCAAAUGAAGAGAAACAAAAUAUUUCAUUGGCUCCAUUAGAAGUAGAAGAUCAUUCUGAAAUGGAGAAAUUAGGCAGAUAUAUAGCUAAAAAAUUAAGACUUAUUGAUUUGUCAACCAAUAAUCAUAGCGAUGAAUUACAACAGUCUGUUCUUCGUAAAUUUGAUUUAGAUGGAAUUGUUGAAUAUAUUAAAGAAAAAGCGAAUUGCAAAAUUAUUACUAUGGCAGGUGCUGGAAUCUCUACAUCUGCUGGAAUACCAGAUUUUCGUUCUCCAUCUAGUGGACUUUAUCAUAAAUUAGAUAAAUAUAAUUUACCACAUCCACAAGCUAUUUUUGAACUAGUUUUUAUGAAGAAUCCAGAACCAUUCUUCACACUUGCAAAGGAAUUACUUCCUGAAGGUUUCAAUCCAACAAAGAGUCAUUAUUUUAUUCGUUUACUAUGGGAAAAGGGUCUUUUGUUACGGCAUUAUACACAAAAUAUUGAUACUCUGGAACGUAUAGCUGGAUUACCAUCUGACAAACUAGUGGAAGCUCAUGGAACAUUUCAUACUGGUCAUUGUCUUAAAUGUCGAGAAUCAUAUGAACUUCCAUGGAUGAAAGAAAAAAUAAUAGAAGGCUUAAUACCCAAAUGCGACAAAUGUGAUGAAGGUGUUGUAAAACCUGACAUAGUCUUUUUUGGUGAAAUGCUACCCGAACGUUUCCAAAUACUUGCUGAUCAAGAUUUUGUACAAGCUGAUCUUUUAAUUAUUAUGGGAUCAAGUUUAGUAGUACAACCUUUUGCAUCACUAGUAGAUAGGGUACGAGCUACUUGUCCUCGUCUACUUAUCAACAAUGAAAAAGUAGGUAUGCAAGAUCGUAUAUCGCGUUUCUUAGGAUUACGGCAGGGCUUGGUAUUUGAUACGAAGAAUGCGCACGGAGGACGCGACGUAGCUUGGUUAGGUGACUGCGACACAGGUUGCCAACUAUUAGCAGAUAAACUUGGCUGGGGGGAUGAAUUGCAAGCCCUCAUGCAAAGAGAACAUGAAAAUUUGAAGAAAGAAAAGGAUAGUGGCAACUGAUUGAAUAAUAAUCGUUGAUCUUUUCUCUAAAAAAAAUAAAAAAAAUAUAGUUUUAUUAAUAUUUUGUCAUUUGAAAAGAAUAAGUUGAGAAGAUAAAGUUUUAUUUGAAGGAAAAAAUAAAAAACAUUGUUGAAACAUGAAAAUAAAAUUUAGAAUGUAAUUAAUAAUAUUUAUUGAAUAUCUUAUCAGUGUAUUGCUUCUUACAAGCAAAAAAAUGAAUAAGUGAUAUGUUGAUGUGUAGUCUUAGAUACUGCUGCUGCUUGCUAUCUUUCUUAAAUAUUUAGCACUUGAUUUCUAUACCAUAUAAGAGAAAUCCAAGUGUAUUAUAAAAACAUGAAUUUUAUAAAAUCUAUGUUUUGUAAUAUUGUAAAUAAGAACAAAAGUGUUUUAUUUUUUUUAAUAGUUCAUUUAAGCUUCUCAAAUGUACAUUGACAAAUAAAAAGAUAAUGUCUACAAUA